GCCCGGCACCGUCCGGGCCAUGCAGGGGCCGAGCUCAAGGUCUAGCAGCAGCAGCGCGCUGCCCCGCAACUCACUCCUCGUCUCCAACCUUUCUUCAUCGGUGCCAGCGCGCCACUCAUCUUCCUCGCGGGCAGCUCACUCCAAGAGCAUCAGGCUGAAUGUGGAGGCGCUGCCAUCCUUCCGGGACGUGCCGGCAUCCGAGAGGCAGAACCUGUUCAUCAAGAAGCUCGCCUUCUGCUGCACACUCUUCGACUUCAACGAGCCCACCAGGAACGUCCGGGACAAGGAGGUGAAGCGCCAGACCCUGCUGGAGCUGGUGGACUACCUUACAGCAGGCACCACCAAGCUGUCCGAGGCGGUGUUCGACGACAUUGUCAAGAUGGUGGCGGCCAACAUCUUCCGGGCCCUGCCGCUGGCGCCCUACCACAGCUCCGGGGCUUCCACCGGAGGCAUGCUGGACGCGGCCGAAGACGAGGAGCCCUCACUGGAGCCCUCCUGGCCUCACCUCCAGGCGGUUUACGAGCUACUGCUCCGCUUCGUGGUGUCGGCAGACGUGGAGGCCAAGGUGGCCUCCAAGUAUAUCGACCAGCAGUUUCUACUUCGGCUGCUGGAUCUCUUCGACUCAGAGGACCCACGGGAGAGGGAGUACUUGAAGACUAUAAUGCACAGGAUCUAUGGCAAGUUUAUGCUCCACCGCUCCUUCAUCAGGAAGGCCGUCAACAACAUCUUUUACCAGUUCAUCUACGAGACGGAGAAGCACAACGGCAUUGCCGAGCUGCUGGAGAUCCUGGGGAGCAUCAUCAAUGGCUUUGCUCUGCCGCUCAAGGAGGAGCAUAAGACGUUCCUGGUGCGAGCCUUGAUUCCACUGCACAAGCCCAGGGGCCUGCCAUUGUAUUACCAGCAGCUUGCCUACUGCGUGUCACAGUUUGUGGAGAAGGACCCCAAGCUCUCGGCGCUAGUCAUCCAGGGGCUCCUCAGGUACUGGCCAGUAACCAACAGCCAGAAGGAGGUAUUGUUUCUCAACGAGUUGGAGGAGAUACUGGACGCCUGCCAGCCGGAGGAGUUUGCGGAGAUGAUGGUUCCUCUGUUCAAGCAGCUGAAUCAUUCCAUCAACAGCCAGCACUUUCAGGUGGCCGAACGCGCGCUCUUCCUUUGGAACAACGACCACAUUGUGAGCCUGGUAACGCAGUUCAGGCACGUCAUCCUCCCCCUCCUUUUCCCAGCUCUAGAGAAGAACGUGAGAAGCCACUGGAGCCAACCCGUGCACGGCCUCACCAUGAACGUCCGGAAGAUGUUCCUGGAGAUGGACACGGAGCUGUUCCAGUCGUGCCAGCACGAGUAUGUAGACGACGAAGACAAGGCCAAAGACGCACAGGAGAAGCGAGACAAGACAUGGAAGAGACUCGAAGAAGCUGGUGCUGCUCCCUCCCGUGCCCAGUCAAAAAGGUGA